AUGAACUUCUGCUUGAAACGAAUCACUACGAUUCGUCGCCUGUCUUUGAUCAAGCCCAAUUCUUCUUCGAGCAUUGUUCCGUCCCAACUUGCUCAAAGGCUCGAUGUGGAACCGCUUUUCGGCUCAGAAAAUCAAACUCUUGAAUCAAAAUUCAGAACUCUAGGAACACCGGCUACAUUGUGUUCCGCCAGUCUGCCGGCAUCAGUACCGCUAUACGUUCGCCGCGGGUGUCUCGUAUCGCUCCACAACGUGCAAGACCUUCAUAUCGAGCAUAGCUGGUUAGGUCUCACGUGGUCGCUGAUCAAACAUGGGUCCUGGAGGCCCGCGUUGUAUCAUAAGCUGGUUUCACCACGUCCAUUCAACGCCCUGGUGGCUCCUAACGUCAAUCAUAGUCGAUGGUCAUCAUGGUUUGGGUUUUCAUCUCAACCAUUUCGAACCCUGUGUCUUUUGGAGCUGAACGGGUCUCAAGAUUGGUACGUCUUCGGGAAAAACUCUUUGAUAGCAUAUGAGGGAAACACAUCUUUGGAAAUUAAACAAUCAGGAAUUUGGCCGGACCGGUCGUCUGCUCUACCUAGUACUUAUAAACUAUUGCAAGGUCGAGGUAAUGCUUUAUUGAGCGGCGCUGGUUCCGUGUACACAAUCGAGUUGCAAGAUGAAUCCGACGAAUUGGUGUUGAAAAGCGAGCACUUAUUGGCAAUCGGCAGUAAAACUGCAAGAGACGCAAAGGAAUGUGUUUCUGAAUAUCGCUUAACCUCACCUGUGCAAAUGGUAAGUCCAGAGACCACGAAAGUAGAACCUUCUCCUUCCAAUGUGAAGGAGUUCGACUUCAAAAUGUUCCGUGAAAUGACCACUACCGCAGUAGUUGCCGCCUGGAAUUGGACGAAGCGUACCUACACGACUUACGUCAAUGGCUCUACCAAAUUUCUCAGAAUUCGUGGGCCUCGUUUGUUGCUCGUGCAAAGCUCUCACAACGUGUUCAUGCCUGCUACUCCUUCAUCACAGUCUGCCUUCCGCAACAGCCCAGCUCAAAUGCCAAAGCAAUCGCAAGGUCGUGUUAAAGAUUAUCUGAGUUACGUUUCUGUCCAACCAAAUGGAGAAGUGCGUUUCGAAAGUACACCCAAUUUUGACGCCAGAGUUGCUGAAAUUGAAGCUCUAAAACUCCGCUAG